GGGUGUCCACAUACUUUUGUAUAUAUAGUGUAUGUACACAUGGGUGUUGUUGCACCAUACCAACGAUAAGCCUGUCUUCCCCAUCACAUCAUGAAAGGUCAUGUUGAUGUUCAUUUAACCUCUGCCUCUCUCUUCCUCUGACUCCUCCCUUUCUCAUUUGUUUCUCUCUUUCUCUCUGUCUCUUUCUCUCUCUUUCUCCUCUGUCUCUCUCUUUCUCCUCAGAUCUCCAGGCUCAAAGCGUCAGUCCACCAGCUGAAGACUCAGUCAGACUGGUGAAUGGGACCACUUCCUGUUCUGGGAUAGUGGAAGUCUUCUAUGAAGGAGAGUGGUUGGGUCUAUGUUUUAGGUGGUGGAGAAUGAUGAGAGAUGCUAAUAUUGUGUGUAGAGAGCUGGACUGUGGGAAUCCUGUAUCUGAAUCUAGAGGACCUCUGAUUGAAGAUGGAAGAAGAGGAGUCACGAUGUGGAGAUGUAGGAGAGAUGAGUCUUCUAUUAGAUGGUGUAACAUCAUAGGAGGACCUGGUGUCUGUGAUGGUGGAUAUUAUCGUCAUGUGACCUGUUCAGAGUCUGUGCGGCUUGUGGAUGGAGCUGGUCUCUGCUCUGGGAGAGUGGAGGUGAAGUCCAAUCAGUCCUGGGCCUCAGUGUGUGAAGCUGACUUUGACCGGCAGGAUGCAGAGGUAGUCUGUGGGGAGCUUGGCUGUGGGGCUCCUGCAGCUCUACAGGGGGGGCUCUAUGGAGAAGGUGAGGGUCAGACCUGGGAUAAAGAGUUCCAGUGUAAAGGCAAAGAGUCCCUUCUCCUGGACUGUGACACCUCAGACAGAAAACACAACACCUGCCUACCUGGUAAUGCUGUUGGACUCACCUGCUCAGAGCCUGAUGAUGUGAGGCUGGUGGGAGGAGACAGUCGCUGUGCUGGUGGAGUGGAGUGGUACGACCAGGGAGAGUGGAGGACUGUGGGAUCUUUCUCUGACGUGAUGUCUAUAGCUGUAGUAGUGUGUAGACAUAUGGGUUGUGGCUCCACUGUUUCAGCACUACCUGGAAACACCACUAGAGGGUUUGGAGUUUCCUGUUCUGGGUCUGAGUCUUCACUGAGGGAGUGUAGAAGAAUGCAUGAUCUCCUUCCUGGACUCACAGUGAUCUGCUCAGAGUCUGUGCGGCUUGUGGAUGGAGCUGGUCUCUGCUCUGGGAGAGUGGAGGUGAAGUCCAAUCAGUCCUGGGCCUCAGUGUGUGAAGCUGACUUUGACCUGCAGGAUGCAGAGGUAGUCUGUGGGGAGCUUGGCUGUGGGGCUCCUGCAGCUCUACAGGGGGGGCUCUAUGGAGAAGGUGAGGGUCAGACCUGGGAUAAAGAGUUCCAGUGUAAAGGCAAUGAGUCCCUUCUCCUGGACUGUGACACCUCAGACAGAGAGAACAACACCUGCCUACCUGGUAAUGCUGUUGGACUCACCUGCUCAGAGCCUGAUGAUGUGAGGCUGGUGGGAGGAGACAGUCGCUGUGCUGGUGUAGUGGAGCUGUUCAACCAGGGAGAGUGGAGGACUGUGGGAACUGCUGACAGGACCAGGAUGUUUUUGUCUGCAGUAGUGUGUAGACAGAUGGGUUGUGGCUCCACUGUUUCAGUACUACCUGGAAACACCACUAGAGGGUUUGGAGUUACAUGUUAUGGGCCUGAGUCUUCACUGAGGGAGUGUUGGAGAAGUUAUGAUCACCUUCCUGAACUCACAGUGAUCUGCUCAGAUCUCCUGGUCCAGCCUGAUAUCUUCCUGACUGACUCAAUGGGAGGGGUCUUCAGGGGCCACCAGGGGCCCGAGAUGUUCAGGGGCUACAACUUCACCAUCACCUGCUCCACUCAGCCACAGUACCCAGGAGGCUCCUUCCUCCUCACGUUCACCGGCUCCAACAGAACCCAGACCCAGCCAGCUGUCAAUCACUCUGCUGCCUUCCUCUUCCCUGCUGCAGAUGACUCCCACCAAGGGAACUACAGCUGUGUUUAUGACAAUUAUGUUUUCUCUCAUAACUUCUCCUCUGAGAGUGAGCUCCUCUCC